AUGGAGGAGGACCUAUUGAUGCGGCAGCCCAACGCCAUGAGCGUAGCCAGCGUUGCCCAGUCCUCCCUGGGUGCGCUCGGGCCUUCCCGCGGCAUCGCGCUGCACCUGAAGGAGGCCAGGCCUGUGCGGUGA